CACAUGUCACAAAAGAUGGACAGGUUGAACCCAAAGUCUCCACCUUAUCUUUUACUCUUCACAGAAAGCCUUUCAUCAAUUCCUAGAGGCAGGUCAACUAUCCAGUCAAUGUGAAACUCCUUAUUCAUUUCCCACCUCCCUUUCAGCCAAAUCUCCGUUGUUCAUGUAUAUAUGUAUAUAUAUAUGUGUGUGUGUGUACAAAUGGUACUAAGUAACCACUAAUUAAAGAACCCAACUGUGUUGGAAAUUCUUUUGUUUUGAAGAAGAAGAAGAGGAAAAAAACAAAACAUGGUGGUGGCUGAGUUCAGUUUUGGUGGUGGUGGUUUAGGCCACAAGGAGAUGAGGAGCUUUGGCAUGCAAGUUGUCCAUGGAAGAUGGUUCACGAUUUUUGCUUCAAUGUUGAUCUUGUCAGUGGCUGGAGCAACAUACAUGUUUGGCCUCUACUCCAAUGACGUCAAAACAUCUCUAGGCUAUGACCAAACAACAGUCAAUUUGCUGAGCUUCUUCAAGGACUUGGGGGGCAAUGUUGGGGUCAUAGCCGGCCUCAUCAACGAGUUCACAGCUCCGUGGGUGGUCCUGUUAAUCGGUGCGGUCAUGAACUUUUUCGGGUACUUCAUGAUAUGGCUAGCAGUGACCGGUCGAACUUCGAAGCCCCGGGUGUGGCAGAUGUGUUUGUACAUUUGCAUAGGUGCAAAUUCUCAGACAUUUUCAAACACUGGUGCUGUAGUGAGUUCUGUUAAGAAUUUCCCGGAGAGUAGAGGCAGUGUUUUGGGGCUCUUGAAGGGACUUGUUGGCCUAAGUGGUGCAAUUAUUACACAGCUCUUCCAUGCUUUCUAUGGUGGCCACUCAAAGGCUCUUAUCUUGUUAAUUGGUUGGCUUCCAGCUGCUGUUUCAAUGGUGUUUCUUCCAAUAAUCCGAUUGUUGAAGGUUGUUCGACAACCAAAUGAGCUCAGGGUCUUCUACAAUCUUCUCUACGUUACUCUUGGCCUAGCUGGGUUUCUCAUGUUUUUAAUUAUCAUACAACACAACCUGAGAUUUUCAAGAAUUGGGUACAUUGGAAGUGCUUCAGUUGUGCUUGUGUUACUCUUUCUUCCGCUUGCCGUUGUUAUUUUCGAAGAAUUCAAAAUCUGGAAGAGCAAAAUGAGAGCAUUGAAUGAUCAAUCUCAGCUCGAAGUAGUAGCUGAGAAUCCAGCUCCUCCUGUUCAAGUUGCCAUGCCACCUGUUGCAGCACCACCAUCUCCACAAACCCAGCAGAAGCCAAAUUCUUGCUUGCAAAAUGUUUUCAGCCCACCAGAUAGAGGUGAGGACUACACCAUACUGCAAGCAGUUUUCAGCAUUGACAUGUUGAUCUUGUUCAUUGCUAUAACCUGUGGUGCCGGUGGGACAUUAACCGCCAUCGACAACUUGGGUCAGAUUGGGAGCUCAUUAGGCUACCCAACUCACAGCAUAAGCACUUUUAUAUCUCUGGUAAGCAUCUGGAAUUACCUUGGAAGAGUUACCUCUGGCUUCUCUUCAGAAGUGCUUUUGAAAAAGUACAAGUUCCCUCGUCCCCUCUUGCUCACUCUUGUGCUUCUUUUAUCAUGCGUUGGCCAUCUUCUAAUCGCAUUCGGCGUCCCCAACUCUCUCUACUUUGCUUCUGUGAUUAUUGGGUUCUGUUUUGGGGCACAAUGGCCAUUGAUUUUUGCCAUCAUAUCAGAAAUCUUUGGCCUCAAAUACUAUGCCACUUUGAUCAAUGUUGGCGGUGCUGCUAGCCCUAUUGGGGCUUACCUUCUAAAUGUGAAAGUGGCCGGUAAUUUAUAUGAUGCAGAGGCCUUGAAGCAACUGAAAGCUUUGGGUAAGGUUAGGAAAAAAGGUGAGGACUUGACUUGUGAAGGAGUGCAUUGUUACAGAUUGGCUUUCAUUAUAAUGGCUGCAGUGGCUUUGUUUGGGAGCCUUGUUUCAUUUAUUUUGGUGAUCAGGACUAGGAAAUUUUAUAGAAGUGAUAUUUACAAGAAGUUCAGAGAGGCAGCUGAGGCAGCUGAAUCUGAUGCAGUUGCUUCAAGUGGCAUGGUGCCUUUGACAGAAAUAGAGGCCAAAGCAACUUUUGCUGCUGCUGAUACUGCUCACGGUUCAAGCUCCUCUGCAGCACCACAAGGUUCAGAGACCAACUUGGAUUUGAAAAAUAGGGUAGGGGAAAAUCAAUGAGGUAGCUAAUUUAUUGCUCAGAAUCUUCUUGUAAUUUUCUACGGAAAUCAUUUACAAAGGAAAAAAAACAUGAUCUCUCUCUUCAUACAUUGUAAUUCAGAUCAUUAAUAUAUUUUCUUAAUUAGAAUUUAGUUAUAGAAUUAGAAGCAAAUAAACUAUAGGGAUGGUUUUUCAAGAGGGUGGUUGUACUUUUCUUUUCCAAAAAGCACUUGAAAUGGUUUUCUUUUUAAAGUGCUUAUGUAUAGCAAUUUAGAACAUGUGUCACUUAAAAGUGAUAUAGCUAGCCUCCCUCCUAUUUUCAUAAUAUUUUCAGUAAAUUUGUUUCUUUUUCCAAAA